UUCACAGUUGCCUAUAACACAGAAGUAAAUUGUUCAGUAGUGAGACAUAACCUAAUGUAUGAGAAGGUGUUAAAGAGUAUUGGAAUGUUAAACAUAACAAAUUGAUGUCAGAUACUAAUGAAACUAAUGAUGAUGAUGACGUUGAUACUUACAGACGUGAAAUUUAUGCUAAUAGAAGGUCCCCAAGGUCCCAGCGUGCACCUUGCUUCGCUAAUGAUGCUAAUGAUAACGGUGAUGAUGAUUCAACCGAAAGUUAUGCAACUUGCCCUACCAAUAAUAGUGAAGAUGAUGAAAUUGAUACUUACAGACGUGAGAUUUGUGCUAAUUUAAGUUACCAAAGGUCCCAAAGUGCUCCUUGCUUUGUUCAAGUAAUCGAUGGAAGUUAUGAACCUUCCUCUACCAGUUUCGACAAUGUGAAGAAAGCUAAGGUGACGCGUUUUCAGAAAGUACGAAGGUUUUUUAUAUUCUGUGGAAGGAAGAAAUCGAAGUGAAAUGAGUUUCAAAGGAACUUUAAUUCCAACGUGUUAUACAUAGGGUCAUCGUUGACGACCCAACGCCUAUGAUCAGAGUGAAUGACUGAUGUGUUUCUUAUAGGUUUGUACAAGUUGUACAAAAGAAGAAACCUGC